AUGGAUCUUAUUGAGGGUCAAUGUAUGGUCUGUGGGGAUCGAUCAGCUGGAAAACAUUAUGGAGUUAUGGCUUGUUAUGGAUGCAAAGGGUUCUUCAGAAGAACAAUACGAAGCCAACAGACCUAUCAAUGUCGUUUCAAGCAAUGUUGUAGCAUCGAUAAAGAUCAACGAAAUGCGUGUCGGUUUUGUAGAUUUCAAAGAUGUCUCAGUGUCGGAAUGGAGCCAGAUGCAAUUCGUCCUGACCGUGAUGUGAUUGGAAAGCAGAAAAAUCCUCGUCGAAAAAAGAUAAAAAGAGAAGACUCUUCCCUACCCUCACCUGGAAGUGAAUCUCCCUUCAGUACUACACAUGAAGACGUGCUGGUCACGUAUUUGGUGGAAAUUGAAAUGCAGGCUAUGGCCGGUUCAACACCAGCCCGAUCUUUUGAUAUGAUUAAGCCUGAUCCAGACUUUGAUCUGCCUCAUUUGUUCUUGAAUAGAUUUUCAUUUGUAUCUGAGUCAUAUGAGAUGGCCUAUGAUGUUGGGCGUGUAGCAACAGUUGAGCAAUUGGCUUCGGCCAUGAGACGUUAUGUAUUGGCAACAGUUCAUUGGGUUGAUUCUCUUUUCUCUCUGGCACAAAUCGAUAACGUAACAGAGAAGACUGCUUUACUCAAACAAGUAUUUCCAUCAUAUCUGGUUCUUUGCCAAGCUGCUCGAACAUCUCAGCUUGCAACUUCAAACUGCAUCUGUCUUUGCAAUCGCACAGUCCUCCCGCGAACUCUACCACGCCAUCUUCAUGAAACCAACAUGCUGUCCAACAAUAUGAUUGGCAGAAUUAUUGAUGAGCUUGUAGCACCAAUGAAAAAGCUAUGCUUGAACGAAGCAGAAAUUGUUGUUUUAUCUGCUCUCGUUAUUCUUGACCCAGAUGCACCAGGACUUUCUAUUUCCACUUCAGCUGCGCUAUCUCAACUACGAGACCGAACUCAAAACGCUCUGUUCCACCUGAUCCGAGAGAGCUCUUCUCAGCUUCAUGCUGUUACCAGUCGUUUUGGAAAUAUAUUGUUGCUAUUGCCACCUCUUGCGAAGCUGAGUUCGCUGGUGGGAGAGAACAUACAGUUUGCGCGCAUGUUUGGAAGUGGCAACGUUGAUCCUCUACUAGUGGAGCUUUUCUUGGCUAAUCCUGCAGCUGAACAUAACAUAAUGCCCUCUCCUACUUACCGCGAACGCAGCGAUGUUUCUACUCAAACCAAUGCUUCUUCGUCGCCAUGCUUGCCAUCUGAUCUCAGCGAAGUAAUGCAAGAUGAGAUGCCAUCUGCACCAGGCUCCGAUGGGUCUGCGACACAAACUGUCCUGCCGACUCCACCAGUUAAUAACUUCCAUUCAUUUUAUUUUCCCGGUCAUCAGUUUUCGAUGACACAAACGACACUGUCUUAUAAUAACAACAACAACAGUUCAGUUGCCAGCAGUACACCAACACCAGCUGCUGUCUACAGCAAUCCCACCUUCUAUGAAAGUCCCACGACUCAAGUUGUCGCCACCCAAUUUUUCAUGUAA